UACUAUCCUGUAGUAAACAAGAUCAAUGUGUCUUCUUCUUCAGAUUCAUUCUUCUUUCAAUUUCAGUUCAGUAACAAUAUUUUUUUAAUGGCAGCUAAAAAAUUAUCUGAAACUUAUUCAAAAGAUUUAAUUAAUGAAUUGAAAAAAUGGGGUAAAAUGAAAAGAACAGGAGUCAGUUUAAGAUACAUGACUGAGUUUGGAUCAAGACCUACUGAAAAGAACUUACUCAUUUCAGCUCAGUUUCUUCAUAAAGAACUUGCUAUUAGGAUUGCUAGGAAAGCUCUCGAACUUGAGAAAUUACCUUAUGGAUUGUCAGAAAAACCUGCUGUUUUGAAGGUUCGAGAUUGGUAUGUUGAUUCGUUCAGUGAUGUACGUUCCUUUAAAGAGAUCAACGACACUAACGAUGAGUUAGCUUUUACACAAACGAUUAAGUCAAUCAGAUUGAAACAUACCUCAGUGGCUCCUACCUUGGCUUUAGGUGUUCAACAGCUGAAGCAAGACCUUGGUCCAAAGAUCAAUAUCCAAGAUUUGAGCGAAAUUCAUCAGUUUCUUGACCGAUUUUACAUGUCAAGAAUUGGGAUCCGUAUGCUUAUUGGUCAGCAUGUAGCUUUGCACGACCCCGAUCCACUACCUGAUUGUAUAGGUUGCAUACAUACAAGAAUGUCUCCCUUGGAGGUAGCGCGAAAUGCCAGUGAGGAUGCCCGUUCUAUUUGCUUAAGAGAGUAUGGAAGCUCACCUGAUGUUAAAAUCUAUGGCGACCACAAUUUUACAUUCCCGUAUGUUCCAUCACACUUACAUCUUAUGGUGUUUGAGUUGGUUAAGAACUCUUUACGUGCUGUUCAAGAGCGCUUUAUGGAUUCAGAUGAGGUUGCACCUCCUAUUAGAAUAAUAGUUGCUGACGGGUUGCAGGAUGUCACGAUAAAGAUAUCAGAUGAGGGGGGUGGUAUACCAAGAUGUGAUCUUCCGAAAUUGUUUUCUUAUCUUUAUAGUACAUCAAAAAGCCCAUUGGACGAAAACAUGACUAUGUCGUCAUCUGAUACGGCAACAAUGGCUGGGUAUGGAUGUGGGAUUCCUAUAAGCCGUCUCUAUGCUCGAUAUUUUGGAGGUGAUCUACAAGUUAUUUCCAUGGAAGGAUAUGGAACUGAUGCUUACCUCCAUCUGUCUCGUCUGGGUGAUUCAGCAGAACCCUUGUCAUGAAUAUAUCUCCAACUAUAUUUAACAGAAAUUCGAGGAGUACUUAUUUCUUAAUUUCAAGACAAGAGAAAAAGAACAAGAAACAAUUGAAAGCAGCUAGCUAUCAGAUUCUCGUAUAUAAUUCUGUUCAGUUUGUAAUUUUUUUCUGUUCAAUCUUCAUCCAAUUCACGCUGGUAAGUCUUUCAAUGUACUUCUAAUCAGAAUAUACUGGUUUCCCAUUUAACAAAUAAUGUCAGUAGAACUUGGAGAAUUUGGACAAAGAUAGAAGCUGCUUUGGUAAUAUUGGUGCAAGUCAUCUCUGCUAUUGAUAUUAUCUCUUUCCGUUUUAAGUGCGA